AUGGACGACGGCCCUAAGCGAUGGGUACCUGACGAGGAAGCGAGUCGCUGCUUCCUUUGCUCGUGCAGCUUCGACGUAACCACAAGGAGGCAUCAUUGCCGAUGCUGCGGACGCGUAGCCUGUGCCGCAUGCACGCCGAACAAGGCUCUGGUGCCACUCAACGAUGUGGUGUACCCCCCCUCGGAUGCAUCCAUGUCUUUGGCGGACUUCGAUCCGCGGGAAGCGCAGCGGGUGUGCAGGGAGUGUGAGCACGUGCUGGCACCGCUGCAAGCGGAUCUACAGCUAACGAUGACGCACGCUGCGAUGCCCACCCAUCACAGCAGGGCCUCAGUGGAGCGGUACCUCAACUCCCCCGUGACGUUCGACCUCACGGGCGAGAUCUUGAAGGCCUCCAACACGCUGCUAAACUUCACCGGCGACAACGUCAUCGAGGGCGCGGACAGCAUCCCGCAGGACCUGAUCGCAGACGCCAGAGGCCUGGCCUUCAUCACCUUCGUCAAGGCCGGGCUGUUCGUGACGGCGAGAGUGGGCACGGGACUGGUGGUGGCGAGAAGGCCGGACGGGGGGUGGUCCGCACCGUCGGCCCUGGGGAGCUUCGGCCUCGGCUGGGGGUUUCAAGUCGGCGGGGAACUGACGGACGUGGUGAUCGUGCUGAACACCAUGAGCGCUGUGGAGGCCUUCACUGGUACCGGACAGGUAUCUCUCGGAACGGAGCUGAGCCUCUCCGUCGGCCCCGUCGGCAGAACUGCCUCAACCGACAUCAGGGCCGGCGACGGCGGCGUAGCGGCUGCCUUUUCGUAUGCCCACUCCAAGGGCGUGUUUAUCGGGGUGUCUCUCGAGGCAGCCACCAUGGUUACCCGCAAAGACACGAACCGCGAUUUCUACGGGACCAAGGUUUCUGCGCAGGAGCUCCUGCUGGGCGACUUCCCCCCCCCGAAGGCAGCCGAGCCUCUCUACAAAGCCCUCGAGGAGGUAGAGACCCGUCACACCGUGUGGGAGCGCAGCCGCCUUAUCCCUCCCGGCACGGCAGCAGCGGGAAUGGGCGGGAUGGUCGGCGGAGGCGGCGGCGGUGGCGGCGGGCGAGGCUCAACGGACGCGCACUACGCCCCCUUCCAGCCGGACGCGGAGAACCACCUUAGAAAUUUCGCGGUGACGGCGGACGAGCGCAGGCAGAUGGAGGAGGACUACCGCCUCGCGCUGGCGAUGCAGAAGGGGGAAGCGGCGGUGGCCAACGGUCCAGCGGCGGGGGUGGCGGGGGCGGUGUCUGGAGAAGGUCGUCGGGAAGCAAGGGGGACAAGGACGAUGAGUGGGAGCUGGAGCGAAGAGCCCGCAUCGAAAAGGCGCGAAUGGCGGAGGCUGAGGAGACCGCCACCGCCGACAACGAACUCGGCGAGAUGGCUUCUUUCCUCAACGAAGGAAGCGGGGGGGGAGGGGUAG